AUGGGCCACUGGCUGAACAAAAACAUCAGCUCCCCUGCAGCUGCAGAUGAACCCAAUGCUACUGUAGAUGACAACGCCAAGGACAGAUUCCACAUUCUUGGGAAACCUAAAGGCCAAGACUGUACUCUGCUGAUCCGUGGCAUACUCAAAAGGGACAGCGUGACGUACUUACUCUAUGCAGAUCCAGGAGAAGAAAAGAGUGCUUUCCUGAGGGAGAGUAUCAAACUCUCCAUGUCAGACCUGACUCAAAACCCAGAGCUCCACAUCCCAGAGAUUCUUGCAGCUGGGAAGCCUGUGACCUUGAACUGUACCAUCAAAGAUACCUGUGAAGAAACCAAAGCCCUCUUCCUCUCCUGGAAAGGGCCCGCCAUGUCCUCCACCUCAGGCAUCUCCAGCAACUCUCCUUCCUUGGUGCUGCACCUCACCCCAAAGCCUGAAGACCAAGGCACCACCCUCAGAUGUUACUUGAACUUCUCCCUAGCUGACUUGACCAGAAGUAGCAUGGCCAACCUCCAAGCAAACUCACCUGCCAGGCUGUUCGACUCCUCCUGCUCCUUGGAGAAGAUGCUGCAGUGCAGCUGUUCCUUCCAGGGGACCCCCACACCCUUCGUGCGGUGGUGGGUGGGAGGUGCCCUUGUGGAUGUGAACAGCAUGGACAACAUCCGCCGGGUGACCUCCACCACACGUGCCCCGUGGGCCAACAGCACCAUCAGCCUCCUCGGGGAGCCAGAAAUAGUCACGAGACUUCGCUGUGAGGGGAAGAACCGACAUGGAAUCCACACUUCCAGGAUCUUCCUGGUGCCAGAUAAGAAUUCCGUUUCCAGAGUGUUCAUGAAAGGCCUGAUCCAGGGCAUCGUGUAUGGAGCCAUCGCAGUCGCACUGUUGCUCUUCUUCCUUGUCCUCCUCGUAAUGAAGAUGCUUAAAUGGUGGAAGGAAAAUCAGAUUCUCAAGACCAAGGAGGCCUUGAUCCUCAAGAAACCAGAGCUGCUGGAGGAGCCAGGCACUCCCAAGGAGUCUAUAGCUGCAGCCCCACCGGCUGGACCGGGAGGUAAAUCCCAGGCCCAGUAG